CAAAUAUAAGAAGUUAAGGUACCAAGAGUGCUCGAAUUCCAUAUACUAGGGAUUAGAAUUUUCCAUUUAUUAAUCAUCUCCAUUCUGCUGCCGCUCCCGCCACUGCAGUAUCUACACGCGCCACCACAAACUGAAAUUGACGGCAAAAUGAGAGAAAACAGAAAGCGGGGUCCUUCAAGAACACAUCACACACACGCCAAGCGCAAGCACUUGGAUGACGACACAGUAGGACAUGAUAACAAAAUUGACACAAAAAAGCCAAAUUUAGUUCCGAAAACCAAAACCCUAACUGUCUAUCCAAAUUUGCCCACUUCAAAUAGGUUUCUAACAAAUAACUAUGUUAGCAAAAACUCGAGUACCGCAGAGUGUAAUCGCAGAUGGGUCUUCUCUGACAACGAUUUCUCUGCUUAUAAAGAUAGAGUUGUUGUUGUGUCAUAUAAUAUACUAGGUGUUGAAAAUGCUUCAAACCAUCCUGAUUUGUAUUUCAAAAUUCCACCUAAAUUCUUGGACUGGGAUAGGCGGAAGGAGCUAAUUUGUGAGGAGAUCAGUCAUUAUAAUGCAGGCAUCUUAUGUUUCCAGGAGGUUGACCGUUUCGAUGAUUUAGAUUGUCUUCUUCAAGAGGAUAGCUUCAGAGGUGUUUACAAGGCCCGCACAGGUGAAGCAUGUGACGGCUGUGCUAUAUUUUGGAAAGACACGCUGUUUUCUCUUUUGCAUGAAGAAAAUAUAGAGUUCCAGAGUUUUGGCCUCCGAAACAAUGUUGCUCAACUUUGUGUUUUAAAGAUGAAUGAAAGUCAAUCCAAGUCUGACCAAUUUAUGCAAUCAUCAGAGGCCAGAACUUCCAAAAGUCGAAGAUUUGUGGUAGGAAAUGUGCAUGUUCUCUUCAACCCAAAGCGUGGAGACAUCAAGCUGGGCCAGGUUCGAUUAUUUCUUGAGAGAGCCUACAAGUUAUCACAAGAAUGGGGUGGCAUCCCUGUUGUACUUGGUGGAGAUCUAAAUAGCCUUCCACAGAGUGCUGUGUAUCAGUUUCUGGCUUCGUCAGAGCUGAACAUCCUGGUCCAUGACCGCAGAAACAUUUCGGGGCAGCUUGAUCAUCUACCACAGCACGAAUACUUCAAAUCCCAAAAUAAGAAUGCUGAGAGCAAUCGUAGGUCCAUCUCAAGGCCAUUGAUACAUACAUGGAACGAUGAAGAAGUAAGUCUUGCUACUGGUUGCAAAGGAGUCACUCAUCUUUGUCACCAAUUAAAGCUUGGUAGUGCAUAUCAUGGGGUUCCUGGGAGCCGUAGAACAAGAGACAAUCAUGGAGAACCAUUGGCAACAUCAUACCACUCCAUGUUUAUGGGAACUGUUGAUUAUAUUUGGCACACACAAGAACUCAUUCCUGUAAGAGUUCUUGAGACCUUGCCCAUUGAUAUUUUGAGAAGAAGUGCAGGACUUCCGAAUGAGAAAUGGGGAAGUGAUCAUCUUGCUCUUGUGUGCGAACUAGCCUUUGCAGAUUGAGACAAUUAAAGCCAGAGUGGCACACCAAGUUCCUAUUGUUUAAAGGAACUCCGACGUUCAAGAAGCUGCAUUGCGUGUGAGCAUUAGAUGCGUAAUUUUGCUAACAGUUAGGGUUCUGGAAUUCCAUAUGAUCUGUGGUGCAGCAACUGCAGUUCCUAAUCAAGUCUCUCCUUUGAUGAAAAAGGUUUGCAUUUAAAUCCCAAAGGGUAGCUAGUAGCAGUAAAGUUUUCUCUAUUUUAUUGACGGGCGUCCAAAAUAUUUAUCAACUGUAACUUUACAAUUUGUCAUAGGCUUUUCAAGCAUCCAAGUUAAAUAAUUAAAGACGUCUUGCUUUUAAAA